AGUAUUAUUUUUCUUGGAAUAAAGAAACCAGAAUUGAGAAUUCCUUCCUUUCCUUACUUGACAAGAGGAGAAAUAGCAAGGAAAUAUCAAUAAAGUCAUGACAACAAUAUUGAAACCUGAUGUCGUUUAGCUCAAGAGUAGUCGUCGUACAUUAUUAACCAAAGCUUUCAUAAAUCGAAGGUUGUAGAAGAAGAAUUAGUAGCGAUGUCGAAAGAGAACGAACCAGCAAAGCUGCUAUUACCUUACCUUCAACGCGCCGAUGAGUUGCAGAAACACGAACCUCUCGUUGCCUACUACUGUCGAUUGUACGCGAUGGAGCGAGGAUUGAAGAUUCCUCAAAUCGAGCGUACAAAGACCACUAAUUCCCUCCUUGUUUCCCUUAUAAAUCAACUUGAAAAGGAUAAGAAGUCAUUGAAAUUGGGGCCUGAUGAUCAUUUGCAUGUGGAGGGAUUUGCCUUAAAUGUUUUCGCAAAGGCAGACAAACAAGAUCGAGCCGGGCGUGCAGACUUGAAUACAGCAAAGACGUUUUAUGCUGCGAGUAUCUUCUUUGAGAUCCUUAAUCAGUUCGGUGAACUCCAGCCUGAUCUUGAGCAGAAACAGAAGUAUGCAACUUGGAAGGCAGCAGAUAUAAGGAAAGCUUUGAAAGAAGGAAGAAAACCUGUACCAGGUCCUCCCGGUGAUGACGGAGAUAUUUCAGAUCUUUCCAGUGCACAAAAUGAUACAUAUGAUCUUCAACCUAGUGGUACUGAUUCAGUCAUCAAACCUGCACUAGAGUCAGAUUCAUUCCAUCGCGUGUAUGAUGACAAUGCACAGUAUUCUGCAAAUAGACCAUCUCCUCCAGCAGCCACCCCACCACCACCACCUUUACACAUCCCUCCAUUGCCUCCGGCAGCCACCACACACACACCGCCUUCACACAUCCCUCCAUCACCUCCGGCAGCCACCCCACAGACACCUCCUUCACACAUCCCUCCAUCACCUUCUUCAUAUCCUGGUGAUGAGUAUCCUUCACAUAAUGGCUAUUCAUCUCAUAAUGACUAUUCUUCUCAUAAUAAUUUCCAACAGCCUCCAUCAGUUAAUGCAUCUGAAAAUUCUUCUUACCCCCAGUCGUAUCACCAUCAACCUUAUGUGCAAGAACCACCGUCUCACUUGCCACAGCAGCACUACCCUUCGCAAUUUCCCAACUUCCAGUCGUAUCCUAGCUUUGCGGAGACCAGUCUUCCUUCUGCACCAUCACACUACCCUACUUACUACCAAGGCGCUGAUGCUUCGUAUUCCACAUUGCCUGCCUCUGGCACUGUAAACUAUAAAUCGAACAUUCAAUACAGCUCAAGUGAUAGAAAUGGAACUGCACCAGAAGCUGCAGCUGCUCCUGUGAAAAAAUAUGAAUACGACAGCAAUUACCAGCCCCCUUCGGAGAAAAUAGCUGAAGCGCACAAGGCAGCAAGGUUUGCUGUCGGAGCUCUGGCGUUUGAUGAUGUCUCUAUCGCUGUAGAUUAUCUAAAAAAAUCACUUGAAUUGUUAACGAACCCAUCAGCUGAUCAUUGAAGUGUAUCGUGUUAAAUAGCUGAACUAACUGAAUGUGUAAACGUUUCUCUGAUGUUGUUCACUAUUUGGUUUAAUUUGCAAAUUGGCUUUCAUCGACUGCUCUACUGUUUUAUAUUGAAACUGUGUUGCGGUUAUGUAUGCAUAGAGUCCAAUCAGCUUUUUGAUUUUUCUGA